UCCGGUUUGUGUGUUGCCUAUUGUGUUGUUAGAACUUCCUCAGCUGUCGACUUAUCAUUUCUGGAUAAAGGACUCAAAGAAAGAAGUGUAUUUACAGUUUUUCACAACCGCAAAUAAUUGUUGGAGGAUCGGAUUUUCCAAGACACGAAGUUUGUUAGUGCCUUGUGACUGAAGUUAAAGAUAAAGAGAGACCUGUAGAAGUGAGCAGACUCGGGGCCUUGGCCUGCAAGAGGCAGUAUGUCUGCAAUGAUCACGAGUCAGGGUUCAGAUGAUGAAUCAGACUAUGACCAGUCUGAUCACAUGGAAGAUGAGGAGGAUGUAUAUGGGGGCUACUAUGACAAUGAUGCAGAUGAUCUUGACCUCGAUAAACCCCACAAAAGUGAUGACCCCGAAUACUUUGAGUUUGAGCUUCUUCAAGAGGAAGAUAUCGAAAGGUUUUUAAAUGAAGAAGUAGAGGCUCUGAGUAGCAAUUUGAAGAUUGCACCAUCAUUGGCAAAAAUGCUGCUUCAUGCUCAAGCUUGGCAGAGAGAAAGUAUUUUAGUGAGGUACAGAGCAGAUGCAAAUGGACUACUAAUUGAUUCCCACAUCAUGCCUGCUGUCCCAUGUCAGGAACCAAUAGAUAGUAGUGGGUAUGUCUGUCCAGUCUGCAUUGAACGCUGUACUACCGACAAACUACAACACCUCAGUUGUGGACAUCAUUUUUGUACAGAUUGCUGGGAUAGGCAUUUCCAAAUUCAAAUUCAGGAUGGCAUAACCACAGGACUUGAAUGCAUGGCAAAAGACUGCAGUGUUCUGGUUCCGGAAGACUUCCUGUAUAGCAUCUUGAGCAAGCCUGAACUGAGAGAAAAAUACACCCGCCUACUAUUCUGUGAUCAUGUGAAGAGUCAUCCACAACUAAUGUUUUGUCCUGGACCGAAUUGUGAAGUUAUUGUUCGAGCAGCUCAGGGACUGGCCAAAAAAGUAGAGUGCAACUUCUGUAAAACCUCAUUUUGCUUUAAAUGUGGCAUAGAAUACCAUGCCCCCACAGACUGUGUGGUUAUCAAGAGGUGGCUGACGAAGUGUGCUGAUGACUCAGAGACUGCCAACUAUAUUAGUGCUAAUACUAAAGAUUGCCCCAAAUGUCAUGUUUGCAUUGAGAAAAAUGGAGGCUGUAAUCAUAUGCAAUGUUGCAGAUGCAAAUACGACUUUUGCUGGAUGUGUCUACAAGACUGGAAAACUCAUGGAAGUGAAUACUAUGAAUGUAGCAGAUACAAGGAAAACCCAAACAUUGCCAAUGAGUCUGUUUUGGUGCAGGCUAGGGAAGCUCUCAAAAAGUACCUUUUUUAUUUUGAAAGGUGGGAAAACCAUGCCAAAAGUCUUAAACUGGAAGAGCAGACAUUUUGUAAGAUAACAUCAAGGAUCCAGGAGAAAGUAAUGAACAAUGCAGGCACCUGGAUUGAUUGGCAGUAUCUCUUAGAUGCUGCCACACUCCUGAAGAAGUGCCGGUACACCCUUCAAUACACAUAUCCCUAUGCCUAUUACUUGGAAAAAGGUGGUAGAAAACAGUUGUUUGAAUAUCAGCAAGCCCAGCUGGAAGCAGAAGUAGAGAAUUUGUCUUGGAAAGUUGAACGAGCUGAAAUAACUGACAGAGGGGACCUAGAAAACCAAAUGGAUAUUGCUGAGAAGGGCCGACAAACACUUCUCAAAGAUUUCUUGGAAGUCUGAUGUCAACAUAUGCUAGCAAAUGGAUUGCAUAUUGUAGUGAAGUAAAACUUUGGAACAAAUCUGCAGCCAACUGGUUAACUUUUUGAAAAAUGUUAAAUAGUAAUGUGUGUGUAAAGUUUGAGAGAAGGCUUAAAAGGGGGGGGGGGCAAGAAAAAAAAUUACAAAAUAACACAGCUUAGAGAAAAAGUUUAAAAUAGUCAUAAUUGUGAUUUUGUUUGGAUUUAAUAUUGAUAGUUACAUGAACAGUUGUUGACCAAAAAUGUGAAGUCAGAGAUGAGUAUUGCUUUUGAAGCAUUUGGUUCUGUGGCCUGUUGUGCAAAUUUGUUAUAGUUUUACACCUUGCCAUUAUUGGCGUGCUGACAUAUCUGUUUGCUACGGGUUAGGCCAGGCAGACCUUCAUGCUGACCAAGGAACUGUACACAGGUACUUGUUAAGCUGAAGAAAGGAUGAUAUUGAAAAUUGUGUAAGUAGAGGUAAGGAUAUGCUGUGAAGGCAAGGCAUGUAGCAAGUGAGUGUGAAACUGUAUCGUCAGUACUGAAGAAGUACAAAGUAGUGAGGUGAAAGUGUGAAACAAUAUCCUGCUGUGGUGUUGAAUGAUGAAAAUAUUAGAGAAAAUCUCAUUGUUGAAGCAUAGUAUGAAAAAUGUUUACAUUAUUAUGCUGGUCAUUGUUUGAUGUCGGAUUGGUUUGGUGUUGCUGUGUGGCAGUGGAAUGGAUGUAGAUAAAUAUAUCCAUGUACAUGUAUGUAAAAUCCAAGGUGAAAAUCCAACCUACAUGUACAUACGUUGUCUGAAGGAGAAUGUCUUUAAUUAAAGAGAUGUUUAUGUCCAGAGCCUAUACCUGAUUGUAGAUAGUGUUGUGAAGUACAGGUUGCAAACUUAAAUAAGAUAUAAGAUCUUCAAAUGAUUGUGUAAAAAUC